GCACGACUGCGACUACCCAGCAUUCUGUACCUAUUCGUAGUAUCGAACGCACCACAUCGCACGCAACGAGUUUGGCAAUUCAAGAAACAAGAUCCGGGUCGGUUCAACCCGACCAGAAAGUAAAAGUGUCCCUCGAGUAACACCAACAACAUGCAGGUCACACACAUCUUAGUCCUAUGCACAAUGGCGGUAGCCUGUUUGGCACAGACACAAAGACCACCAGUAUCUGACACAGCUUUAGAAGAUGCUUUAAAUGACAAGAGGUUCAUUCAGAGGCAGUUGAAGUGCGCGUUGGGCGAAGCCCCUUGUGAUCCCAUUGGCAAACGGCUUAAAACUCUAGCUCCUCUAGUACUCCGAGGUUCCUGUCCACAGUGUUCUCCGCAAGAGACGAAGCAAAUCCAACGCACACUCUCUUACGUGCAAAGGAACUAUCCACAACAAUGGGCAAAAAUCGUCCGUCAAUACGCCGGAUAAAGUUAGACUUCUUUUAAUAUAACAGUGACAUAAAAAUAGACUGGUUUGACAUAACGGUUAGGUUUCAAUCUCCAAUAACUAAAAAUUCAUCGCCAACUAGAAGACUUUCAAUGUUAAAAUCUUUCCAAACGAAUGAAUUCCACCGCUUAGCAAAUGUUCGCUGCGCUUUCGGUUUUGUGUAGCAACCGUAUCGCACUAUGGGUGUCUUCAAAUUAGACGCUCAUAGAAACGAUGCAAUGGCGCUGUAGCCGCGCCUCUGCAAAUUUUCAUACAUAUAAGCGCAACUGCAGCGCCACUGUUGUUACAUGGGCGCGCCAGUUUUGCAGUCUCAAUUAGUAAAUUAUAAAUUACUGAAACUCUACAGACGUGCCGCUACCGUUUUACUUGCAAUGAAAGUCGACUGUGUGAACGGGCCUUAAUAUUCUGGGUCUAAUGCCUAAAGGCCGUCGUCAGUCGUCGCUCUACCUUUGUGCCAUCCGACUUUGAAAAAAAAAUGACGAUGGCCAAUCUCUACCGAGCCAAAAACUAAGCCAUAUUGUUAUACCACUACUUCACUAUGUACUUAUUGUGCAACUUACCAUUAUUACCAGGGACUACCAUAGGCAGAGUAUAUUUAUCUAAACUUCAAAAGGUACACACGUAAUGAAUAAUUCUUUGAAAUCCCGGAAUGAUUAAAAAUAAAAGGCAUAAAAUCAAAAUGUAUUAGUGAUGCUGUACUAUAUGCUUACAUCCCGGGAAUCUCGGUUAUUUAUUAUGAUUUAGUUAUAUGUUGAGCAUUGGCUAUAGAGCCAUUAGCUUAAACAAGCAACAAACAAUUAAGAAACUCAAAACUUAAACUAGAAAUUAAUUUGUAAAAAAACUGUAACUACAAAAACCCUCCGUUUUUCACUUUUUUUUCCUUUUCGAGACUUGAGACUGAUAUUUUCAGUCUCGGGAAUAUCGAGACAUUUGAGCCUUAAAUUUUAAUUAAACGUGCGGUACUAAAAAUCUACUAAACAACGGACAUGGCAACACUAUAAGAUAAUAAAGAUUGAAAGAGAAUGAUAGGAAUAAUAAAGUCUCAUAAUUUUUGAUUUUAUAAUUCGAGUUAAUAAAGAAUUUAGUUAAAAUAUUCUGUUUUGACUAGUGUGUAUAAAAUAGAAACCUAUUGUUGAAGUAGUCUCGAAUAGAUUUUCGAAACCGCUUCGAGUCUUGAUAUUUUUUCCGGGACGCAGAAAUGCAGCGAGACUGAAACGGCCCAUUUACUACCUGUAUGGCAGUAUGCCGCGCAGGCAGGAGCCUGCUUACACACUGUCCUAUGUAUGGCCCACGUACGGAGUCUCACAGGACACAUUGCAGAAUUACUUCCUGGCCUGCUCGCCGCGACUACAUUUAUAAUCCUGUAUUACGCGGUGGACGGCAAGGCGGACUGCAAUGCAGGAUAAUGAAUAACCCCUUAUAAGACUUAUUAUAAGUAUCAUAAUACAGUUAUUGCUACUUACUUUCACUUAUUUAACGCAAUACUA